AAUCCAACAGUGACCAAAAGGGCAACGUGAUUAUCACAUAACAUUUGAUUUUGCCUGGCAUCAGUGGCAUGUUUACCAAAAGGCGAGCGCGAGACUGCGUUUGAACUGUCUCUCGUAACUUCCAAAUUCUCUCUUGGCCAUGGCCUCGGUGGAGCAGCCUCCGAAGAAACGAAGGCUAUACGAGACCCUAUCAGAAGCUCCUAAACCACCACCGUCAGAGGCACCGCCACAACAAACCCUAGACGAGCAACAGCAGAUCGCCGUAGCUCCACCGCCAACACCACCGCGGUUGUCUCAGGAUGAAAUUCUGAUCAGGCGGAGGAACAAAGACGAGAUUCGAAGCGUUUAUGAAUGCUAUAAGCGAAUUAGGAUGUGCCUCUCGCGGAAAGACUCUGCUUCCAUGCCUGACAUCGAGCAGGCUUAUCUCUCUCUCAUUACCGCUUCCAGAGGUUGUACAAGUGUACAACGUAUAGUGGCUGAUCUCAUUCCUCGAUAUGCAUCACAUUGUCCAACUGCUCUUGAAGCUGCAGCAAAAGUUGUUAUCAACAUGCAUAACUGGAGCUUGGCAGUGAUAAAUAGAGGAGAGGAUGCUGAUGGGGUUGCAUUUCAAACUGCUAAAACCUGUAUCCUUGGUCUAGUAGAUAUCUGUUGCACUGCUUCUUCAGAGGCACCAACAUCAUCUGUCAUCCGAGGCAUUUGCUCUGCAGUUUUUCAGAAUGUGCUUACCUUCUUCAUAUCCUCCCUUGAGGGAAAGGAUAUCUUUCAGAUUGUUGAUAAGGAAAUUUUGAAGAUGCAAGAUUCUGCUGAAAUCUUUGCGAAGCUAAAGCAAAACUUUUCAGAUGAAGAUGUAUCUUCUUUAAUAAAACUAUCCAAGUUCCGUGUGCUAAGUUUACUACAAAUUUUCUUUUGUUGCCCUAAAAACUUGCUUGCUGCCUCUUUUGAGCUCCUCAACUCUAGUGUUGCAGAGGGAGUUAACAAAGAGUGCCAGUUUUUUCUGAGUCAGGUCACAAGCAGGCUUGAUGUGGCUCCUGUAUCAGAUACAACUAGUGAUGAAUCAAAAUCAUGCACAGUUUCUUUUUACAAAAGCACCAGAGGCAGUGAGGGUGGCAGUGAGGAGCUAGUAUCAGAUGGCAACCAUGUUUUAGGGGAUGCAUCACCUGUUCCAAAGAGUUGCUUGUUGGCUAUGGUUCUGGGAAAAGACCGAUCGUUGCUGAGAUGGAUGUUCACAAAGCACAAGAAGUUAACUAAUUUAUCAUUUUCUAAUAGUAUUUCAGAAAUUACAUCUGCUAUGGAAGGAAUCAUCCAACCAUUUAAAAAAGUAAUGUCUGUAGAAGACAGUCUGGCUGAUAGUGAUGAGGAUGAUCCUGAUCCAUCGAAGUAUAUUAAUCAGCAAUAUAUUGUGCCUAGGAUCUCUAAUCAACAUGAACACUCCAGUGAUCUAUUUGGAAAGAAAGGUUCUGCUCAUGAUAUUGGAGGCCCGAGGUCCAUCGAUUCUGAGUCUGGUGAGCAUGGAGAUUUGUCGCAUGGAAGGUCUUCCAGGGACCUAUUUUCACCUGCCAGAAGAACACCAUUAGACUUCAGGUGUAAUUCAUUUGAAAGUAGAAGUAAAUUUUUUCAAGUUGAGAAGAAUCAGGUUUCAAAUAUGGAUUUCAGUUUACCUCCAAUGAGGUCCUCCAGUGGAGGCAUACAUAAUGCUUUGGCAUCUCCUAAACAUCACUUGGCAACACCAUGCACUUCCACAACAACUCCAAUUGUUUGGUACUUUGAUGGCGACCCAGCAGCUAUGGAUAUUGUCUCUGCUUCUAAACAGCUCUGGGUGGGUUUUUCAGGACCUGAUACAUCUGAAGGUCAUGUACGGUUUCAGUUUGAGAGGUUUGGUCCUUUAGAACAAUUUGUUUUCUUUCCAAUCAAAGGAUUUGCCUUGGUUGAGUACAGAAACAUCAUUGAUGCCUUAAAGGCUCGGGAGUAUGUCCGACGGCAUUUUCCAUGGCAUAUAAAGUUCGUGGAUGUAGGGUUGGGAACUAGGGGUGCUAUGAAUGGUGUUGCAGUUGGUUCUAGUUUGCAUGUUUAUGUCGGAAAUAUUUCAAGCCAAUGGGCCAAGGAUGAGAUUCUGCAUGAAUCAAGGAAAGUGCUUUAUAAUAAGGGUCCGUACAUGGUUACUGAGUUUAGUAGUGAAGGUGCAUUACUAAUGGAAUUUGAAUCUCCUGAAGAAGCUGCCUCUGUGAUGGCCCAUCUCAGACAGCAUCGUAAGGAAAGAAGUAAUUAUCGGAUGCCUUUAAAUGUGGGGCCAGCUAACAUUGCAAUUCCUCUUGUAGACGGUGCAAGAUCUGCGCCUAUCCAUGUUGACGUCAGAAGCAAUAAUCUUGGAAACAUGUCUGGCAGUAGUAUUGGAUCACCUCACACUCGAACCAUACCAGGAAGCCCUGCUGACAGCUGUAGGACGAGGAUGUCUCACUUAUCUUCCUUGCUUUCAUCAUUACGUACUAAAUAUAAUAUCAAUCAAACUUCAAGCUAUUUUGACAACUAUAUAUCUGGAAACAGUCGUACUACUAUGAUGAGAGAAGAAGAUAAAGUGCCAUCAAGUACUCUCUGGAUUAAUCUUCCUAAUACUAGCUCUCCAUUCCUCACAGAUGAUGAGCUAAUGGGCAUUUGUAGUCUUGCUGUUGGCAAUGUAGGGUCUGUCAGGUUGACACCAGCAAAUAUGCAGAUGGGGUGUAGUUGGUUUGUUGAAUGCAGCAGUGUAGAUGCAGCAAUCACAAUUUUGAAGAAUCUCCGUAGUUGUCCUGGAGUGUUCUUUCAGAUUGAAUUCAGUCAACCAGGGAAGCACCAUCUGGCACCUUUCUCAAUCAAACAUGAGAGCACCUCUAUGGAACAUGUAUCCCCCAGAAUAAAACCCGAUAAUCAUGCAAACACAGCACAGGGUGGAUAUUCGUUUCAGUCAAACUGGGCAGUUUCUGGUUGUGUAGAGAUGCCUGAAGUUGGGGUGAGAAAAGUUGAUGGUUAUGAUAAUAACAUGGUGCCGGAUCCUUCUCAAGGAGGUGGUCAUGUUGUUUCUGGUUCUGCUGAGCAAAUGUGGAUGUAUCAGAAACCUGAAAUUGAACUACAUUCUGCUCCAGUGAACAUCCCAUGUAUACCCUUAGCAACACAGGGACCUCCUAUUCCACCACCACAGCAAAUUCAGUCAUCUCCAUUUAUGCGACCUGUUUACCUUCCUCCAAACAGUUCCUGGGACGCACGGGGUCUAAGUCAUCAUAUGCCUUUGAACCCAGUCUCUCCAGGUGUAAUGCCUAAUAAUUUUCACAGUAAUGCUGUUGCUGCUCCUUUUGUACCUGCUUCUGUGACUCCACUUGCGCAGAUACAAGGAACUCCAAUGCAGCAUUUUGACCAAAUGUUUUCGUUACCUGUUGUACCACCACCUUUAUCGUCCCUACCACCUCCUCAGCCUGAAUUGCCACCUCCAUUACCUCCAUCUCCACCUCCUUUGCCUCAGUCACAACCACCUUCAGUCCCUCCUCCACCCAGUUCUCCUCCUCCACCUCCACCUCCACCUGUUGCAGAACCAUCCAAUAUGGAAAGUUCUGGACAGGGUCCACAAUAUCAGUGGCAAGGUACAUUGUGUAAAAGUGGGGUUCAUUACUGCACAGUUUAUUCACAUAGAUUGGACUCCGAUAUUUGCAAAUAUUCAAACCCCAUUUCUGAGCCAGCUGAAUGGCCUGCUAAAUUAGACAUGACCAAACGCACAGAUUUCCGGCAUGUGAAAUCAACAUUUACUAGUACCCCGCCACAUAAAAGGGAGGUAUGUCAGCUGAUCCCAUCUUCUGCAGGCGACCAUAAAGGCUUUCAGGAUUUCAUAUCAUACUUGAAGCAGAGGGAAUGUGCAGGAGUAAUCAAGAUUCCAGCUGUGAAGUCCAUAUGGGCAAGACUUCUCUUCAUACUUCCCUACUCGCACGAUAUAUGUUCCAUGCUCUCGAUCGCUCCUAAUCCAUCGGAUUGCCUCAUUGCUUUGGUUUUGCCCAAGGAAACAAACUUGGAAUGGUCGGGUUUCCCCGGUUUCAGCAUUCUCUACUCGCCUUUCCCGUCUCACUCCGUCUCUCUCUCGACUGAAUUUGAUCGGGUAAACAUGUCGAAUCGUUACAGUAGCAACAGGCAAGAGGGAAACAAGGAGGGUUUCGGUAAAAACCAGAAGAAAUUCGUACCCAAAAAUCAGGGCUCAAGCCCAAAAGAACCGAACCCAAAUCCCAACUCCAAUCCUACACUCUCAACUUCUCUGAGACAAUCGCUUUCGAAGCAAUCGGAUGGCGCCACGGCGAGCUCCAGCGUCGAGGCGCCGUCGACGAGUAGGAUUCGGAUGGGGGAGAACGGAGAGUGGGUGUCGUCCGGCAGAGCUCAGGGCGGCAAUUUCGUAAAUUAUUUACCCCAAGACGAGGCGGUGGCGGCUGGGCUCGGCGCCAACGAAGGUGGAUUGGACCCCGUGGAGUCUCAGAGAGUUGUGGAUCUUUUGAACAGAGAAUUGUCUCGAUUGCUCAAGUUGAGCCCUAGGAACUUCUGGACAGAAGUGGCUAGGGACACUUCCUUGCAUGAAUUUCUUGAUAGCUUCCUACAGUUUAGGAGCAGAUGGUAUGAUUUCCCUCAUCAUGGAGCCAAGGGAAUAGUUGCUGGGAUCAUUGUUGGAGAGCUCGAGUUAAGCCGCCGUGUCUUUAUGGUAUUGUAUCGAAUAUCUUCCAAUAGAGAUCCUGGCGCUCGGGCUGCUGAUAGUCUUAGUCCAAAAGAUCAUGAAGUUAUUUUGCAGGAAAAGAAGUUGCUGGACUUGCCUAAGUUGUUAGAUAUAUGUGCUAUUUAUUGUCAUGAAAAUGAAGAUUUGACCAGAAUAUUGGUUGCAAAUGCUUUGAAAGCCCAGCCUAGGAUCCAUGAUAACUUAACUGCAGUGAUGUCACAUUUUCUGAGCAUUGUCCACACGAUGAAUCAACGCUGCAGCUCAUCUUUGCAGGCCCUAUUUUCCUCUGGAAGCUUUGAAGACCAAGGAUCCAGUCAACUUCAUGCUGAUUAUUUAGAGGUGAUGGACUUCAUAAAUGAUGCAAUUGUAUCCAUGGAUGCUUUUGUAACUGCAUACAAACCAGCGGCUUUAUAUUUCUCUUGCCCUGUUGAGUUAAGUUCUGGGAAUGAGGAAUUGCUAAACACCCUUGCGAGAUUGCAUGAUUCAUUGCGACCAUCUCUACAGCGGGGAUUCAGAAUCAUCCUUAAAGCAAGGGAAGAUAGAAUGAUAUCUGACAUUGCUAUAAGCUUGAAGUUGUUAUCAAUGAGAAUAGUCAAGUUUGGCUGGAAUUUAUUGGAAAUUUGCCACCUAAGUGAUGAAGUGUUUGAAGAUAGCUUCCCCAUUCCUCCUGCCACAAAGAUGUUUCCAGCCAAUGUGGAGGAUCCUGUCAUAAGGGCAGAUAUUAUAGUUCAAACUUUUAGGGAAAUAAAUGGAGUUUCCCUACAAUUUCAGGAGAAUGAACACCAGGAAACGUUUCUUCAAAAUGUUGAGAAGGUUUACAAUGUAAUGAGCAGACUUGAGAGUUUACAAAAUACUGGAUGGAUAUUCAUGGAUGAAGAACAGUCUCAGUAUCUAUCUGGGUUGAUGCUUUCUCCAAAAGCAAUUAUUAAGGAGCCACCCUCUUUAAGAACCCCUUUGGCAAACAACAAAGUGCAGAUGGAUGAAGAUGCUGCAAUAAUGGAGUCCAGAAUCUGUCAGAUAAAGGACCUCUUCCCUGAUUAUGGUAAAGGGUUUCUUGCUGCCUGUCUUGAAGUUUAUAACCAGAAUCCAGAAGAAGUGAUUCAGAGGAUUCUGGAAGGAACUCUCCAUGAAGAUCUGCAGUCCUUGGACACUUCACUAGAUUCAAUCCCAAUGCCCAUGUCUUCUUCCACUGUGAGCUCAAAUGAUAAAGGGAAAGGGAAACUAGUGGAAUCUACAUUACCAAAAGGGAAGAUUGAAUCUAGAACAUUUUCAUCCACUAAUACGGUGUCUGUGAGUAGGGAUCAACCAGUUGAGGGCCCCUCAUUUUCAUCCUCAUCUUCUCUUGGGAGAUAUGUUAGGAAGUCUCAAGCUAAGUUGCCUGAUUCGAAUAUCCUUGAUACCAGAAAUGAAAAGGAUUCAGCAAUUGCUGGUGCUAUUAUUUCACAAUAUGAGUAUGAAGAUGAAUAUGACGACUCUUUUGAUGAUCUGGGUCUGAGUGUAGGGGAGACGGGAGUGGAGGAAAAUGAGACUCUAGGUGAUAAAAUGAGCUCAAAUUUGGGGAAAUCUUGGGGAACACAGACUGAAAGCUCUGCUCAAAAUGCUGCUAGUUCAAAAUGGGGCUCCAGGAAGAAGCCCCAAUUCUUUGUCAAGGACGGUAAGAACUACAGUUACAAAGUUGCAGGUUCAGUUGCAGCUGCAAAUAGCAAUGAGGCAUCUCUAGUCUCUCAGGCGCAAAAAGAAUUGAUUUAUGGCCUUGGACGAGGUGGCAACCUUCCGCUUGGUGCAGUGGAAAAGCUGAAUGAGGCAUACGAGGAACAAGAUAACCAAAUUGAUGCUUCUCAGGGGGAAGGGAGAGGAAAUGUGGGGAACGCGAACAGCAGGGGAAGAAGGGGAGGGGGAAGACCAAGGGAGUCUCAUGAGGAGCAGGAUAAGCAGUCUGAUGCUUCUGAGGGGGAAGUGAGGGGGAAUUUGGGGAAUCACAACAGAGGUAGGGGAAGGAGGGGAGGAGGGGGAAGAAGCAAUCAUUACAGGAAGGACCGUGCCAUGAGUAAACACUUUUCUGGAUUGACUGGCUUCUAGGUACACAUAGGUUAAAUUAUAGAUUUUUUUUUCUUUUAUAACACCUUAAGCAAUAAAAAGGAACUGGAAAAGGAAAAAUUAUAGGGCUUUGCUUGUUUGAGAGCUGCAACUGUAUAGUGGUUCGGUUCGAUUCCUUUGCAAGUUGCCAUUUGUGAAGCCACGGUCUUUAUUGGCAUUUGGAUCAAUUUACAAAGGUUGAGUUAUCUUUUGAAAUGUACUGCAUCCUUUAGGUUUAUAAUUUCUAUUCAGUUAAUGCAGACGAUUGGUUAA